CUAGUGCACCGAUUCGUUUGUCGCGUGGUUGGUGCAUGCAAUCGAAUCGAGCCGGUCGCCUUUUUGGACUAUAAAUAUAUGAUGGCCCUGUUCAACAAGCUGCUAUUCAACAAGAAAAGAAAUACUAGCACCUCGUCGCAGAAAACAAGUCCCGGACAGUUCCCGUUCAGUGCUGAUCAAGUUCGUAUCUUGGUGUUCAAGGAGUGUGACAUCCGUGGCAGACAGCUCCUGUUCGAUUCCCGAACCGUGGAAAAGGUUUCGUCCGAUAGCAAUAGUGCGGCGGCUGCUGCAGCAUUUGCCAGCGAUCAUCAUCCAUCGUCCGUACCGCAAGUGCAAAAGUGCGAGCACUGUAAUGUCGUCUAUCGAGUGCGCAAGCAAAAUGAUCCGCGCAACGAGGUAACGCUAAAGACAGAGAUCAAACAGUUUGAGGAGAUGGUGUUCGGUUCGGCACCAAUCGCGUUCCGGGGCAGCAGCUUUAAGGUACACUGGCUGAAGGAUCCGAAAACGCUAAUGUGCUCGCUCGUGUUCCCAACGCCGGUGUACAGCGGUACGAAAAAGUCGUCCGUUUCGACCUAUCCCGGGUCAGAACUGUUCAUCAACAGUGGCAGCAGUGGCGUUAGCAGCACUGGUGCCGCCGGUGGCAGUGGUGUUGACUACAAUCCUUCGGUAAGCGAUCUCAGCUCAAUCGGUACGGGAUCGUUACAUUCGUUCACGGUGACGUCCUCUACCGCCACGCAGCAUGAUCCAUCGAUGUUGCACCGAUUGCGCCCAGUAUUGCCGGCAGAAUUCUGCAACUUUGAUCGUUUCGCUGAUCUACGCCAUUCGUCUAACAGUGGGGUCGAUUCCGGGUACGGUGGUACCGAUCCGUGGGGUCUGUCCGGUUCGGGCUCAUCGCGGCACCCAGCCUCAUCGUCCCACCGGAGCAGCAUCUCCUCCAUCUAUAGCGAUUUUGAUUAUAUCCGGCGCAUGAGCACGGACAACUUCAGCAUGGACAUUCCACCGCCGCCGAACUGUGUCAGUUUGGAGGACUGUCACUCGUACGGCAGCUUUCAUCGGCGAGUAUCCAAGAAUCUUUCGACAUCGUUCGAAAACCGUCACACGAUCGCCGAUCACGUCGGUCAUCUGGAUGAGCUAGGCCAGAUAAUGACGGGUAUUGGUGUGGGCCAGCCCACGACGACAAAUGCCGCGGCCAGUGACGGUUGUGUGAUAUCACGUAACAGGCGCAACAGCGAAACAAUGGAACUGAACCGGCGGAAGGCUUACAGUGGCGAGCUGCUGUCGACGGCUACAAACUACCAGGGCAAGGCGCCUAGCAAAAAGCAACGACUUGGUGUUGCCGUUUGCAUUCGGUUGAAUGACGUCAUGCUGCAGGACACGGACACGUUCUGUUCCGAGCAUAUGACCGUGUUCGAAUCAAUCCUGUGCCGGGUACGUUUGGCCGUGGAAAAAGCGUACAUACGUUGGCGAUUAUUUUUGCAGAUCAUGUUAGGGGCAUGGCAUUCGACGCAACAGUGGCUUAACGAUCUCUUUACGGCACCCCGUUUAAAUAAUCCCGUCUGGUUGACGCUCAGCAGCAGUACUCUUACCGAUCGCAAUUUAUCCUCGUUGGCCAGCACGUUCAUGAACGAUCUGUGCUCAUUGCUAUCGUUGGCCGAUACAAAAGAUACAAACUUUUUCAUCAGCACCAUGAUAACUGCUGUUCUGACGCAUCAUCUCGGCUGGGUUGGUACGAUAGCUGCCAUGACCGCUACGGAUGAUGCAAACAGCAAGCUGGAUCUUAUAAGGCGGGAAAAGACUCGCAUGAACGAAAUUACCGCCAACCAUCCGUACAGUGUGCUUUGGGCACAGCUCGGUGAUCUUUACGGUGCGGUCGGUUACCCAACGAAGCUCUCGAAAACGAUCAUAUGCGGCAGUUCACAGCUGAGUAACAUGCUUGACAAGAUACUUAACGUACUAUCGUACUUUAUACGCUGCUCCGAAAUCAAACGCACCGUCUACGUUGAGUCGUUCGAUGAAGGAAACGUCCGUACAGCAUUUGUAUCGCAGAGCGCCAAUAUAAACAGCGUGGUACAAGUUGACGAUAUUCCGCUGAAGGACACUAAAACGUCCGUUGCUGAACAAUCGGUCGGUUUGCUUGAACCGCCAGGCCAACAGCUGCUGCGCUCUGCAUCAUCCGGGAUGGUCCGGUCGGCGACGAGGAUGAAAAAUUUAGCAUCUUUAGGUGGAGACGGUGAGACGACCACUGCUGGUGAGACAACUUCCAACGCGGGCAAUGAAGAGGUACAGAAAGCGUUGAAGAAAAACGUGAUGAAUGACAUUCCAAACGUGCUGGUGUACCGUGACUCGCGGUUCGUCCGGCAAGAGCUGCGAAUAGGCAACAAAAGCAUGGACACGGGACUAGUGAUGAACGCACGGGAAAAGCAAUACCUUGAGGCGCGCUAUCAAAUCGGCAAGGUGGCAUUGCUCCACACACAACCACAGCCGGCCGAUGCCGAGCUGGCACAGGAAGCACUUGCACUGGACGGUGAAGAACAUCGUGCAACGGAGGAUGCAGAUGAUCGUGAGUCGGUUCGUUUGUCCUAUCUCAUCACUGAAAACAGCCUCGGACAGGUGGGAUCGACGGAACCGGCCGAGUCACAGCAGCGGUUAAUAUGGGGCGUAGAGAAGACGAAAGAAGGCAUUGCGUUCGAGCAGCUUAAGUACAUCAGCCUGCUGCGGGGAGACUACAAGGUGCAGAAAGAUACGGUUAGCGAGAGCGACAGUGAAUUGAAGAGCGGAAACAACAACAGCGAGGUCGUAUUUGUGCUCGGUGAGAACGAAAUGCUGAAGGACAUUCAUAGGAAGACGACGGGAAGCGGGCAGGAUGGUGCCGACGUGUUAAAACCGUUGGGUAUGGUACAACCACUAAAGCACUGUUGCCAGCAAAAGUUUAAUAGCUUCGACAAGUACCGGCAAAUUGCGGCAAAGUUUCUGAAGCAUCGCAAUCUUUCCGACCGUCAUCUGUUGGAACGAGGAAAGGGACUAUCGCCCGAGGAGGAGGGUUUGGUUUCUCCCGUUUCAGAACUGUCUUUCGAAUUUAUUGAUCGUCAAAGUAAGAACGGUCCCACCGAGUGUGCGAUCUGCCCUCAGAUACCGACAAUUUUCUGCCUUCAAACACCAACGAACGCAUCGGAGAUGGAAUUUGUUGGGGAUGGUAGCAGAUCGUUUGUGUAUGACAAUGUACCAGAAGCAGCUGGUACUGCAUCUGGCCAUUCUUCGGGGCCAUCGAUGCGAGAAAACAUUCCGCUUAUAGUACUUCCGGGACAUACGAUGGCCACGCUGGACGAGAACGAUGAGUUGCGGGUGAAGCAUCCAGGCAGUAUUUUGAAGCUCAUCGACAUUCCCUUUCCCAAGGGGAUGCGAACAGCUUCUGGCGGUCCGGGUAGUGAUGAGAAUAACAACAGCAAUGGAACGGGUUCGGGAUGUUCCACCGGUGGUGGCAGUCUCGGUGUCGGUAGCGGUGGUAAUGCAGGUGGAAAUAGUAGUAGCAACAGUGGCACCAGUCAUCAUCAUAUGCUAGAUGCUGGCAGCACGGGUAACGAUAAGACUGACAAAGGUUUGCGAUGUUUUCGAGCCGGUUUCAUGCCGUCUCUGUUUAGUCGCAUAACCGACCACUAUAUGCCGGACAUGGUGCUGCAAGCCACGACAGCACCACCAAGUCUGUGGGAAGCAUCGCUGAAGCGGGAUCUUCAUCUUGCCGCACGGUUCACCUUGUACGAGCAGCAACUCACGGAAAACAAUGCAAUCAUUGCCAAUCUGGACACGCACGAAGUGCGAUUACUGUCAUCGCAAUCGCUCGUGGACGGUGAUAUCAUUGGCAUGUCGCAGUUGGUAUCCUCCAUGCUGGAGGCUGUCAAUGCUAUGUGGUCAGCUGGAAUCUCCGCUUAUCAGUGCAUGGCGUUUAUGGAAUCGAAGCUACGCGAACUCUAUCUCCAAUCGGAAACGAUCGCUAGCGUAAUGUUGGCCACGGACUUCUGCACGAUGAACUCGAUCACUACCGCUAUGGAUAUCACUGCCAACGAUAUGGAGCUGUUGCUGUCCGUUGCAUCCGUACACACGCCCGAAGCGACUAAACGGUAUCGCGUGCUGAUGCGUUAAGCAUUCAACUCGAGGCACGCAGGAAGGCAUCGAGUGUAAACAUAAGAAACAAGAACAAAAUAAGAGCUUGAUAUUUUGCAUAAUGCAAAUGUGAUAUUAGGUUAAUUGACUGUCGGUAGAAAGCGAACAAAUACGCCAUCAAAGAGGACGUAAUACGGAGGGAAAGUGAAGCAAAGUGGGCCCAGACAGAUGUGUGACUCAGGCACACGCGUAGUGCUGCAAAUGAGAAGUUUAUUCGUUGAACGAACGUAAACCGUUACGAAGUGUUGUACAUUGGGAUGCAGUAAUGUUGCAUCUUUCAAUCGAAAUCCUCAACCGGUGGAUUGUAUGAUGAUAUUUGCAAAUGCUCUCUCUCUCUAUUCACUUUCUUCGCGUAACCUCCAUUAAUUGUCAUAUCGAGGUAAAGUUUAACUUUAGUAAAUACGGCAGAGUACAAACACUUUUGCCUGGUGUUGUGAUUAAACGCAUGUUUAAAAAUUAGAUCGCAUUCAAUUGCAGCGCAAUAUAGUUUCCACCUCAGCCAAACGCGGCACAGCGAAAGCUGUGUUGCAUGGAUGGGAACCGCUCGAGGUUGUGACCCUUUUGUGUUUAGUAUAUGAGCGGGAUAAGCUUAGUUAGGAAGCGUGCUACUGCGCAGCAAGCACGUGUAAGGCCCUUCGAUAUUCGUCGUUAGCAGUUAGUGUUGGCAGCCUUCGUUAGCAGACCUUAGCCAUAAACGACCGGUCAAAGAUGAGGUAUUUAUUGAAACCGAAUUUGCAAUAAAAUCAUUGUAAACAA